UUGAUAUCAGUUGAGAGCUGACAAUCAUCAAGUCCAGUUCGUGAGCUAGAAAACAUUCUUCAAUACCUGAAAAUGAAAAUUGCUCUUUUAUGCCUGGCUUCCGUGAUGAUGGGUGUUUUUGCCGAACCGGAACCGGAAGCCGAAGCUGCUUUCGAUCCCACAAACUACCCAAAGUCGUCGUACCCAGCGGAUUAUGUCAAAAAGUACACAGGCGAAAAUGAUUAUUGCCAUCCACGAAAGGCACCAACCUGCUCGAAAAACGGAACCCUCACAUUUUGUGUCAAAGACCCUGAAUAUCCGGGAAAAGAAGUUAAGUACGCCAUCGAUUACGACCCGUUGGUGCUGAAGAAAUACGCAGAUGUUGCUGAUCAAUCGGCCGACAAUUUGGUCGAUGGACUGACCUCCUUGUCAGAGAAACAUUUCGACUAUUCCGAGUACCAUGGCAAGACCUUUGAGAAGGGCAACUGGGUUGGUGGUGAAGGAUACAUCUGCCCUAGCGAUGUCGUUUAUGCUCGUCCACUCCGCGCAGUGAAUGUCGAUGGAGAAUGGCGGGUCAUCGUCCAGGACAUCGCCUGGCCCGGAUACACCCAAACCCAUCGCGUCGAAAAAUGUUUGUUCCCCGGUGCAGCUUGUCGUACCCUGGCCCCUUGUUUUGGCAGCAAAUGUCUGCAAAAAUACGUUUACCAGCGGAUGCUUUCCUUCGAUCCUUGCGAUCCUCAGAAGGGAAUCUUCAUCGACAUCUACAAGUUGCCAUCAGCCUGUUCUUGCCACAUUCCAAGAAAACUUUAAGGAAACAAUGAAGACUUUGAGAUGAAAUUACGUCAAACUUACAUUCUAUGAAACAUGUACAGCUCAUAUUUACAUAUUAGUGCAGUUGCGAUAAACUUCAUACACUGCAAUUGAUCUUGGUCUAGAUUUUAAAACAAUAUAAAUUACUCAAAAACUAA